AAACUUGUUCCCCAUUAAAUUAAAUACUUAAUAAACAUUUCUAAUCCACAAGUUCAUUAUAAUACCACCGUCAAUAUGGGUUGGACGCUAUAUUUUUGCUUCCUUGUUGUCAUAACAUUGUCUUCCGACAUAUUUGUCUCCGGAUCAAGUUAUCAUGGGAACCAAGCUGGUCAAAAUUCCCGAGCAAAAAGAAGCCUUGGACUUGCUCCCACUACUUUUGCUGAAAAAACUCUGCAGAAACGUGCUCUUCGGGCCCAUAAUAAAGUCAAGGCUCAUCCCCAAGCGGCCCACCCUGCGUCUCAGGCUUCCUCCGAUGAGAUAAUCAAAAUAACUGCCCCUUUUUGUAAAGAAGAAGGCAUCAUGCUCAUCCAAGGAGAGAACAAUUACUUCAUGAAAUGCAAGAUUAAUCCCGUCACGGGAGGGUACUUUCAAAUCAUUUACGUCUGCCCGUCCGACAUGCAUUCCGUGGACGACACUUCCAAGUGCAUCCCUCCACCAGAUUGCAAGGACUGUGCUGCCAAGAACGCCGGAAGUGGAGGUGCCGAGGACAUUUAUGGGAGUGCGUUUGGAAAAUGAGAUCAUAAAAUAAUCUGUCCAUGU